AUGGACGCAUUUAAUACAGCUGCCUCCUGUUGCGAAAUUAUUUGGCGCACACUAGAAGCUUCCGCAGCGUACAACAAGGAAUCUCACUCGCUAGCUACUCGCUUCAAGCACGACGCGCGCAUUCUCAAGCACUUUUAUGACCACUUCGCACAUUUCCGAUUCAGCGGCGCGGGGCUGUGCCCAGAAGACGAGCAGCUCCUCGACGAAAGCUUUUCCUAUCUCGGACCCUUACUGAAGCGCGCAGAACUGUGCAAAAACAAGCUCGAAGCACAGAGUCGCUGGUCCAAAGAGUUCAACAGGAUUACCUGGGUACUGCGGCGCAAUGAAGUACGCGAGCUGGAGAAAGAGCUCUACGAAUGGACCAGGAGGCUUGACCUUCGGCUGAUCGCGUUGCCUGAACGAGCACGAACCGUGAUGUUCCUGGAGGAGUCGCAGGACACACUCGGACCCAGCAUUGCUGCCAAAACCCGAAUCGAGCGAUUUACAGCGAAAGCUGCCGCUGCAAAGAAAGCCGUCUGGGGCCCGCUAUUUGUGACACCUGACCAGGUCCAGAAUAUGAGCCACCCGCAAGUGUCACAUUUUUCUCUUUGUCAACAUGACGGACGGACAACCCUGCUGGAAUCCCGGCCGCACAUGGAUAACACCGACAUCGCCUCUUUUGAGCACAAGAAGACCGAGCUUGGGGAGUUUGUGGGAGCCCUGAAUUAUUUGGAUUCAACCAUUUCGGGUCUCUUGCGGUGUAUUGGGUUUUACUACAACCCGGCUCCUUCGCCACACUUCGGGCUCAUCUAUCAAUUGCCGAUCGACCGCGACGGAGAUUUUAUAUCUUUCAAGUCUCUCCUGAAUGUUAGAGAAAAGAACGGGCGGCGAAUGAAACUCAAAUAUUCACUCAACCAGCGCUUGGAAUUCGCACGAAAGUUAGCAACUGCGGUCUUCUUCGUCCAUUCCCUGGGAUGGGUGCAUAAAGCGAUUCGGGCUCAGAACAUUCUCUUACUCGGAAGGACCUCUCACUCGCAAAAAGGUGGCGGGAAUGAAUAUGUAAAAUGGGCUCUUGAAUCUCCUGCUCUUGUUGGGUUCGAGAUAGCCCGCACCAGCGAGGGCGACACAGACCCCGGACGCCGUAGGCGAAUGCCCCUAGAGUUGGGGAUUUAUAUUCACCCCGACCUGCAAUCGCCAUCCACCUCUAUACGACAUAGUAUGUGCCAUGAUAUUUACAGCCUUGGUGUUAUUUUAUUGGAGGUGGGAAUUUGGUCCAGCUUGGAGACUCGCUCUGAGCUUCAUUCCGACAUGAACCCGGAAGACAUUAGCCAUACACUACGAAAGAUGGCUCGUGAGACGGAGUUGUUAAUGGGCCGGAAGUAUCGCCAGAUUGUGGGCUGGUGCCUGAAUCAAGAGCAGGUGGGAGAUACCGGGGGUGUGCGGCUAAUAUCCGAGGUGCUCGAAAAACUGGAGGACCUCGCAGAAUCUGUGUGA